GAUCCUGAUACAGGUUCGUGUCUUGAGAUAGAAGAUUUUAAGCGGCGUUUCCAGGAAGAAGUGAAGUAUUGCGGGGAGCUACUGCAGUGUCAUAACCAUGAACACGUUUGUUAUAAAUACGAUCAUGCUACGUGCCGUUUUCAGUUUCCUCACGAAUACGCUGCUCACUCUUUCUAUGAUAAGGAGAGAAAAUCAGUAACUUUGGCAUGUCGAGACAUCUUUGUUAACUACUUCAAUGAGUUUAUUCUCAUGUUCUGUAGGCAUAAUCAUGAUAUGCAAUGUAUCUUGUCGGGAAAAUCGUGCAAGGCGGCAAUGUUUUAUAUCACUGACUACAUCACCAAAAUGAGCGUCAAGACAUAUGAGAUGUUAUCCCUUAUG